AUGACUGGACUCUCUCUUCAGGAUAAGGUAGCUCUCAUCACAGGCUCGUCGCGCAACAUUGGCAAGGCCAUUGCUAUUCGUUUGUCCGACGCUGGCGCCAACGUCAUUGUCAACUACGUGUCGAACGUGGAGGCUGCUAAAGAGACCGUCGAUUUCAUUAAUGCGCGCGGUGUAGGCAAAGCCAUUGCCAUUCAGAGCGACGUGAGCUCAGUGGACUCUGCGGGGAAACUGGUCGCCGAGACCGUAGCGGCAUUUGGCAAGAUCGACAUUCUUGUUCUGAAUGCGGCGAUCAUGGGCAAUAAGCCCAUUGCAAGCGCCGAUGAGGCUUACUAUGAUGCUCACUUCAACAUCAAUGUCAAAGGACCUUUCUUCACGACUAAGUUCGCUGUCCCACACAUGCCACCUGGAGGGCGCGUCAUUUUCUUCUCCACACACUUGACCGUCCAAUCAGUCAUCACGCCGAACUACGUCGUGUAUGCCGCUACGAAGGCCGCGGUGGAGCAAUUCUCCCGCGUACUAUCGAAAGAUCUCGGAACGAAGGGAAUCACGGUCAACACCGUGUCACCUGGACCAACUGCGACAAGCCUGUUCUUCGAAGGCAAGAGCGAGGAACUGAUCAAGAAAUUCGAAGCGUUCUCCCCAUUCAAUAGACUGGGACAGCCGGAGGAUAUCGCCGGCUCGGUGCUCUUCCUCGCGGGGCCCGACGCCGCUUGGGUAUCCGGCGUGAACUUGAGGGUAUGCGGGGCUGCGACUGUAUAA